UUUCUGUAGAAUGUAAAAAAAGUGAAGUGUGUGAAUCAUGAGUGCUGAAACACUGGAUGUAGAAAAUCCAGGGGAACCUGAGCAAGGCAACAGUCUUGAUGGCUACAUGUCCUUCAAGAGUGAAGACACUGAAAUCCACUUCCCAGGAUCAAACCAGAGAUCCAUGCUCACACCAGCAAGUUUCCUGACAGUGGCCUUUGCCUCCAUCCUCAUUCUGGUCUCCAUGUUGUGCAUGGGACUACUUCUUGGUUACCUCAAAUGUGGGAAUCAUCACGCUUUCACAAAAGCGCAAGAGAAAAUCCCUGCGGAAAUUGACAUUUUCAAAUACGUGUCAGAAGAUACAACAACGCCAAGGACAACAUCAUCUACAACAACACUCACAACCACUCAUCAUCUGGUGACAUCAGUAACUGCUGAUUUCGCUGAAAUCCCAGAGAAAGCCACAACAAGUGUUGAAAUUCAUGGAAAUCCAAUUUUGGAAACAACAACAAGCAAAAGCGAUUAUUUGUUGGAGGAUGAGGGAGAAACCCAAGCAACAUUUCUUGUUCCAAUACUUUCAACUAGUGUCACUUCAACCCCAGUGCCGUGAAUGAAUUCUUUUUUUUUUGUAUACAUGAAAAAUUUUUGAAAGUUUCUGAAAUCAGCAGCACAAUUUUAAUUUAUUUUGUCAAUACAUUGUUUGGAUUGAAUUCUCGUUUUUCUCAAGCUAGUCAAACUGAAAACUGCUAUGAAUAAAUAUUUU